AUGGUUGCGUCAAAUUGACUGAUAUAUUGAAACACAAGUUUGCUAUCAUUUUAUCGGAUUGUAAUCACAAUCGGAUCAAUCAGUCAUUUAUUAUAUUGUCAUUAUAAUUGUCAUAAUAUUAGUAUCAACUGGUGAUCGACAAUAAUAAUAAUAAUUAGUGAUAAUGUCAAAGAUGACUGAAGAAUGUGUGGCAACAAUGGACGUAAAGUCUGACAUCAAAGCCGACACUAAAGAUAUCAACGAUCACUUCAUUUGUGGUGUCGUUGAAGGUUUUUAUGGCCGUCCGUGGACUGCAAGUCAACGAAAAGAUCUGUUUAUUAAACUUAAGCGAUUUGGUCUCAACACAUACAUGUAUGCCCCCAAAGAUGACCUCAAACAUCGGGCCUAUUGGAGGGAACUCUAUACAGUCGAAGAGGCGGAUCAAUUAAGUGUAUUGAUUAAUGCGGCCAAAGAGAGCUCUAUUGAGUUCAUAUAUGCGUUAUCUCCCGGUCUCGACAUAUCAUAUUCAAGUGCUAAAGACAUGUUAUGUCUUAAACGAAAGUUAGAACAGGUCUCACAAUUUGGAUGCAAUGCUUUUGCUCUACUUUUUGACGAUAUUGAACCCGAAAUAAGUGAAUCCGAUAAAGAAGUGUUUCAGUCAUUUGCCAGCGCACAGGUCUCAGUCUCUAAUGAGAUCUACCAAAGCCUGGGUCAGCCAAGGUUUCUGUUUUGUCCGACUGAGUACUGCAACUCACGAGCCGUUCCUAAUGUUCAAAACUCGGAAUAUCUUAAUACAAUCGGUCGGACAUUAAUGUCAGGAAUUGAUGUUAUGUGGACCGGGAGUAAAGUUAUAACUCACACAUUAACUGUCCAAUCAAUACAAGAAUUAUCAGAAGUUCUAAGACGACCGCCAGUCAUAUGGGAUAAUCUUCACGCCAAUGAUUACGAUCAGAAGCGUAUAUUUCUUGGCCCUUAUAGCGGCCGAUCUACGGAUUUGAUCCCUCAUUUAAGAGGUGUGCUUACAAAUCCUAAUUGUGAAUAUGAGCCCAACUUUAUUCCUAUACAUACUUUGGCGCAAUGGUCUAAAUGCAAGUCUGACGCCAAAUGUCAAACGAGUUCUAUCAGUUCGGACAUCAAACUUGAGGCUGAAAGUGAUAAUGGAUUAAUUGAAGACAUACCAAUGCAUUUGAGCCCUACUGCAUAUCAUCCAAAGAAAGCAUUGAGAUUAUCUAUUACUGAAUGGUUGUCUGAGUUUAAUAAACAAAAGACAGCUUACGGUCGAUCUAAUUCUUUCCUUAAUUUAUCUUUGCCACCGAUUCUUCCAAUAGUCAAUCCACUGCCUCUCGAGGAAAAUGCAUCUAAUGAUGAUAAACCAUUAGAUAUGAACACUGCUUCAUCUUUAUCUUCGUCGUCAUCACCAACUACUAGCUCUAAUGACUCAAAUGCUGAUAAAACUACUGAACCUAACGAUGCAAAUGAAUUAAUUGAAAGUGCAAUACAAUCACCAAAAGACACAAAUCAAAUACUUGAACCAAUGGACUGCAAUACGAGUCCUAAUUUGUCACCAAAGCAUACAUUUGAUGCACAAAUGGAAGAAACAAAUGUAAAAAAUGAUGAUUUAGACACAUCUCCACAAUUAACACCUAAACGAGGGGCUAAUAGUGUCGAUUCCGGCGAAGAGAUGCAGACAGAGUGUUGUUCAGAAAUAGAUGAUGAAACUCGUUGUCAUCAAUUAACAUAUGAAGACAUUUCACUUUUAAUUGAUUUAUUUUACUUACCCUUUGAACACGGAGGACAAGGCUUACAAUUUCUCAAUGAAUUUCAUUGGCUUAAAGCUAAUGGAUUUCUUGUAUCUGAAUUCCGACGUAAAAUAACUACAGAAUCGGAGGGACCAGAAGUGUCUGAAUGGUAUGCGAGGGCAGCAAAGUUUGAUGACAUGACUGCAUCUGUUGGCCGAUUGCUUACAAAAUUAACUUUUUGUAAAAACCGAUCGCUUUUAUAUGAUUUAUAUCCAUAUGUUUGGGAUAUUAAAGGAGUCAUCUCUCUAUUGAAUUCAUAUGUUAAAUGGCUCGCCUUAGGAAGAGUGCCGACAUCUACUCUGACACAACCAAAUGGGUUCAUCCCUCCAACCUUUACCUGGUUUUCAAAAGGCUAUAGAGAAGCGUUUCAGAGCGGAGAUCAAGAACCAUGGGUUUUCAGAGGAGGACUCACUGCUGAACUUCAGAGAUUACUACCGGUAGAGACGGUCAGUGAUUUGUUUUUAUACAAAGCACCCGAAUCUCCUUCGAGUCAAAUCUACACUAUUAGACCAUACCUUCCAAACGAUGAAUCGCAUGUUUAUGACAUUUGUCGCAAAACAUUUGCUUUGGAGAGAGAAAACAUAACUUUAGAAGAUAUAACUGAUUUUGUUGGCGACAGACUUGUCGGCGGAUUUUUAUCACUCACUCCUGAAUAUUGUUUUAUAGUUGAGGACGAAAUGGGGAUCUGUGGCUAUGCUUUGGCUGCUAUCGACGCACAACAGUUCAAUAAAAAACUUGAAAUUUCGUGGACACCCGAACUCAGCCGCAAAUAUCCGGCGCCGACCGAAAAAUUAAGUUCCGGUCAAAAAUUAUCUCCAGUCGAGCAAAUGAUUCAUGAUAUGCACUCAACAAGUGCUGUCUAUCCAAUACCUGAUGUCAUUUUAAAGAGUCAUCCGUCUGUACUGAAGAUGUCUGUUUUGCCACAUAUUAUGGACUUAAGUGUUCCCAAGAGAAUACUCGCCUGUAUUAUAGCAGCUCUUAAAGCCAAUGGAUCUGUGGGUGUCUUCAGUGAGAUUUCAUCAACUGAUAAGAAGUUAUUUGACUUUUAUUCUAAAUUAGGGUUUUUACAGAUCCAGGUGUCCAGUGAUUGCACUAAUGAAAUGUCUAUUUUCAUGGGUCGAGUCAUUUGAUUGCAAUCAUUAAUUUAUUAUUUAAAUUAAAUUUUGUAUCUUUUUUUAAAA